GUGAGGUCGUAAUGGCAGACUGUCCAGUUGCUAAUCCGUUUCCAUAGUGAUAAACGUCGCUAUCUGAGAAAUGAGAUUAAGCACGUGCAGAGGAGUACUAUAGAGUGCGACAAGCAAAUAGAUUUGAAUAUUGCGAUAUGCUGAGUCUCUACAGUGAAACAUUAUUUAGCAGAAGAAAACGCGGCAUCAAGAAUAGAUUCACAUUUGGAGUUAACGUCACCCUUUUCACCAGUAGGAAAUGGUCGGAAUGCCGCCAGAUAAACCUAAAAGGAAGAACUUGCCUAACAUGAAGCAUGAAGAAGAGAAAAAAACGAAUGCCCAUUUUUUCCCCACCCUCUUUAAGAAACUGAAUUCCAAUGUUGGCACCUUGGCUUUUCCUAAGCUGGAAUUCCAUGGAAAACAUGCUACUAAUUUCAAUGCCAGACCACACCAGCAUGAGAAUACUCUUCCUCAAAUAUGUAAUAAAUCAUUGACUAAAGGAAUAUUAAAGCAUCAAGAUGAUAGACCUCUGGGACAUAAACAUCCAUCACUGUUUGACUCAUCAGAAAAUGUGACAGACACAAAUGACAAAAUACAGUCCAACAAAAGAGUUAAAGAGAAGACAUUGGAAGGGCACAGACUACCUCUGACACCCGCAGAGGCCCUGAAGUAUUUUAAAAACCAUUUGACAGAGUAUGAGCAUACUGAAAUUUUGGAUUAUUCAGAGGUUUGGUUCUUCGGGCUAAAUGCUAAGAAAAUUGAAGGAGCUUCAGGCAUUCAGCACAACAGAGGUUACGAUGAUGAGCUUGGGACGUACUGUAAGGUCUUACAUGAUCAUAUUGCAUACCGCUAUGAAGUGCUGGAAGUAAUUGGAAGAGGGUCCUUUGGAGAAGUAUUGAAGUGUUUUGAUCAUAAGAAUAAUGAAAUUGUGGCUAUUAAAAUUAUAAGGAACAAAAAAAGAUUUCACCACCAAGCAUUAGUAGAACUGAAGAUUCUGGGCCACCUCCGGCAAGAGGACAAAGACGGUAACCACAAUGUCAUCCAUAUGAAGGACUACAUGUACUUUAGAAAUCAUCUCUGCAUUUCUUUUGAACUAUUGGGGUUGAACUUGUAUGAGCUCAUCAAAAAGAACAAGUAUCAGGGUUUCAGCUUGUCAAUAAUUCGGAAGAUAAUACAGGCACUACUAAAGAGUCUGCAGUUACUACACAGGGAGAGAAUCAUCCACUGUGACCUAAAGCCGGAGAACAUUCUGCUGUGCCCAAAGGGACAAGGAAUAAUCAAAGUGAUUGACUUCGGGUCAAGCUGUUUUGAGCACCAAAGAGUAUAUUCAUAUAUACAAAGCCGCUUCUACAGAUGCCCAGAAGUCAUUUUAGGGCACCCGUAUGGCAUGCCCAUAGAUAUGUGGAGCCUGGGCUGCAUUUUGGCGGAGUUGUACACUGGAUACCCACUGUUUCCUGGGGAGAAUGAAGUGGAACAGUUGGCAUGUAUCAUGGAGGUAUUGGGGCUACCUCCAUCUGAUUUACUGGAGAAUUCAUCAAGAAGGAUGCUAUUUUUUGAUUCAAAAGGACUUCCUAGAAAUAUUGCCAACAGUAAUGGAAAGAAGAGGCAGCCCAACACCAAGGACUUAGCUAGUGUGAUGAAAUCAAAUGAUCCUCUUUUUUUAGAUUUUCUAAAACGAUGCCUAGAGUGGAAUCCAGCUCAGCGCAUGACUCCCGAUCAAGCAGUGGCACAUUGUUGGUUUAGUGAGACUGGGAUGCGCAAGUCUCUGCCCAAAUCUCAGAGUGUGAGGCAAGUGGAGAAAAUAUCUUCAGUAAAGAAUAAUGUAAAUGGCUCAAUUAAAAAGUCACACUUGUCACAGACAGAAGAAAGAAACAACCAAAACAGCAGAGGGAAAACUUGGAAUGAAAUGACAGAAAGAGGUACAAAGGCUUUUGCAUCUCACCAGUUGAAACCAGUUGAUGUUUCUCCAAAGGAAGCAUUGAUACAGGAAGUGCCAAAUCACAGAAGGACAGAUGCCUCACCAAAGGAACAAGGGGCAAUAUUUGUAGAACUUGUAAUUCAGCCAGAACAAAAAGACACUGCUGAGGAUACAAAUCCUCCUGAUCAUUUGAGUUUCCUGCCCCCUAUCAAUUAAAUAUUUUUGUCAACUAAGACUGGAGUCAUUUGGCAUUUUCCACUUUAUCACAUUGGCAAUAUUUUAGCAGUCUUUUGUUUCAUUAUCAUCAUUCAAAAGCUGUUCUGUAUAUCAUGAGCAAUAAUAUUAAAUGUUUUCUUGCUUAUGCUACUUUUA